UUCUUCCCCGCGUUCUCCUUCCAUCUAAACUCCUCGCCUUUUUUCUCUUUCCAGAGCUCUCGACUUUUUACUUGCUUUUUCAACCCAAACUACGGUGCUCUCAGAUCUCCGCACUUCGAUUUUCUUGCCAUAUUCUUCCCAAUUGGGUUUCUCUUGAUUUUUGUUCAGGACUGUGAUAGGUUCAACCGCUUCUCCCUCUAUGCCAUUCCCGAAGUUGGGAAGGGUGUACUUGAACCAGUGUGGAGAGAAAUCGGGAUUUUUCCAAAAUCUUGAAGUUCUGUUGGUGUUUGCAGGAUGGUUAGGUGCAAGGGUUGUGGGAAGCUGGGUAGAAUGGGGCCAAGGGAUGGGUCUAUGAGUUCUUAUGAAUUUUCUCUGCUGUUAUCUCCGGUUGUCUCUGUUUGGGACUGCAUAGUUCGCAAAAUGAGGUAUUCCUGCAGACCUGAGUGGGUGUAGUGGUUGGAGCCUUUUAUUGGUAAUUUGACAUUUCACACAAAUCGGAUAAUUUUUAUCUUAAAAGUUAGGGAAAGAGGGGAAGAAGGGUAAUUUAGAGAAAUGUAUACAGUUCUGAGUAAAGUUUGACUGAGAGAAGUUCACACCAAAAAAAAUAAAAAAGUAGUCUUAGUAGUUAGAGGCAAUAUACAUGAUGGAUAACACGGCGUGUAAUAAAGGGCAAAAUGUGAGGAAAGCAAAGAAGAAGCAGGUGAAAGAUGAGUUCGAUCGUCUGAAACAGGCUGAGAAGAAGAAGAGGCGCUUGGAAAAAGCACUCGCUACUUCUGCAGCCAUCAUCUCUGAGCUGGAGAAGAAGAAACAGAAAAAGAAAGAAGAGCAACAGAGACUUGAUGAAGAGGGUGCUGCAAUUGCUGAGGCUGUUGCCCUGCAUGUUCUACUUGGUGAAGACUCAGAUGAUUCCUGUAAAGUCAGAGAUGAAGGGGGAUGCAAGCCCUGGAACUGCAAUAGUAACCUUGGGUUCUUCCUGGGCAGAAAAAGAGCUUGUUUUCCUCAUCUAGAUGGUGGCGUGUGGUCUGUUGAAAGAAUGGGAUGGGUCUCUGAUGCAUACAGGGGGGAUGGUGCUGAAAAUGCCCGGUGGUCUUUCGCAUUUGGACCUUUUGAAAAGAAUGUGCAUGAACCGAUUAAUGAGACAGCAGGAUGGGGGUUUGAUGGGUUUUCUGCUGACCUUAUUGCAGCACAAGCAGUUUCAUCUCUUCAGAUUGCAGAAGAUGCAGUAGCUGAUGAAGGACGGGUUCUCUUUUAACGGAUUGCAUAUACGUAGUAAUAGUUUGUGUUGGUUUGGUGGCUGGACGAAACCUAUAUUAAAUUCUACCGGGGGAUGUCGUCUGUAUAUUUUAUUAUUGAGUCUUGUCCCUGUCGAGCACAUUCUGCUUCAGCUGUGUCUGAUCUAUGAGGUCACCAUGUUUUAUUCUAUUUUCAACCGCGUAUGAUGGAGUUGAUGUCUGUGUGGAGUGACUUUUAUAUACUGAGUAUGUGCGAUUUCUCUGUCUUCUUGAGCUGAUUCCGUAUAAUCGAAAUACUUGAGUGAACCGUAUUUAUUUAUUAGUUAUUCCAGAUAAAUGUUUAGCCCUCCC